UCAGAGGGACAAACACACUCAAAACAAAGGAGGCGCCCCCGCCGCAGAGGAAGCAGGAAGCCCUCCCGCUCCACGCUCCACUCCGGGCCGGCCGGCCGGGCGCACGCCGCGGGGAUGGAGUCCGUGGCCCUGUACAGCUUCCAGGCCACGGAGAGCGAUGAGCUGGCCUUCAACAAGGGAGACACGCUCAAGAUCUUAAACAUGGAGGAUGACCAGAACUGGUACAAGGCCGAGCUCCGGGGGGCAGAGGGCUUCGUUCCCAAGAACUACAUCCGUGUCAAGCCCCACCCGUGGUACUCGGGCCGGAUCUCUCGGCAGCUGGCUGAAGAGAUCCUGAUGCAGAGGGACCAGCUGGGCGCCUUCCUGAUCCGGGAGAGCGAGAGCUCCCCGGGGGAGUUCUCCGUGUCUGUGAACUAUGGGGACCAGGUGCAGCACUUUAAGGUGCUGCGUGAAGCCUCGGGAAAGUACUUCCUGUGGGAAGAGAAGUUCAACUCCCUGAACGAGCUGGUGGACUUCUACCGCACCACCACCAUCGCCAAGAGGCGGCAGAUCUUCCUGCAGGACCAGGAGCCCAUGCUCAAGCCGCCCCGGACCUGCUUCGCCCAGGCCCAGUUCGACUUCUCGGCACAGGACCCUUCCCAACUCAGCUUCCGCCGCGGCGACAUCCUCGAGGUCCUGGAGCGGCCCGACCCCCACUGGUGGCGGGGCCGCGCGGGCGGGCACGAGGGCUUCUUCCCGCGCAGCUACGUGCAGCCGGUGCAUCUGUGACAUCCCACCCCAGCCUCCCGGGCCCCGCACGGCCUCAGACUGAAUGGGGGUCCCUACCUGCCUCCGCCGCCGCCGCCAGCCACGGGACCGCCACGGCCUUCGGCGACCACGUGGCCGCGCAGCACGCCCGGGACUUCCUGUCUGGCCGCUUCCUAUUGGGGGACUUCCUGGCUGGCCGCUUCCUAUUGGGCGCUGGCUUGUGACAUCACCGGACGGAUCUUCUAAAGCCCCGCCUUCAACGAUAGGCCCCUCCCCCGUGGCUCCUCCCACCUAGGUUUGAAGACUCCUAGCUGGCUGGGCCUGAGGACCCUGGUUUUUACAGUUUCCUGCAUCCCCACGUUGGGCUCCACCUGGAGUAACUGGCACACACGCGCGCGCGCGCGCACACACACACACACACACCCUCCCUCCCUCCCCCACAGAUGCCUUGGGGGUUUGGGGGUGGGGAGCCUUAGAAGAGGAGGCACAUGAUGGUCCCUGCUGGGCAUGCCCAGCUCUGGACCAGCCAUAUGGGAGAUGAGGCUGCACUCACUUCCUUUAAUAGGGCUCUGCCCAGACCAGGCCCCAGAGGGCAUUCCAGGAGGACGGCAGUCGGAGAGUUAGAUGGGAAACUGGGACUGGGGCUGAGUUUUGGAGGCUCAAUGAGACCAAGGGGACAGGAAGUCUAGGUAGGGGCCCAGCCUGAGCAAAGGCAGGACAUCCAAGGGAACCUAUAGCCAGCAAGGGAUCUUGAGAGACCCAGCCCCUGCCCAGAGCCUGGGCACCUUUGGAAGCAGGAAAAUGGAAGUGGACUAGGGAAAGCCUUGAAUGCCAGGCUGAUAUGAGCAGGAAGAAGGGAGAGAGGCAAGAUGGAAGAGGGAGACUCCAGAGAUGGCUGAAGCGCCUUGACUAUAGAAAUGUGGGGUUCUCCCUUGGUCCAGGAUGAAACCCAAGACUCUUUAACCCCUGCUUCUGCCCUUGUAUUUAAAAUAAAAACUGUGAAACUGCCAGGCA